GAAGUGCGGGGGCUUCAGCUGCCAGGCGGGCCGCGAUGCAUUCUGGGAAAGCAGCAGCACCAGGUCCAAGAUGGCGGCCAGCAGGAGGCUGAUGAAGGAGCUUGAAGAGAUCCGCAAAUGUGGAAUGAAAAACUUCCGUAACAUCCAGGUUGAUGAAGCUAAUUUAUUGACUUGGCAAGGGCUUAUUGUUCCUGACAACCCUCCAUAUGAUAAGGGGGCCUUUAGAAUCGAAAUCAACUUUCCAGCAGAGUACCCAUUCAAACCACCGAAGAUCACAUUUAAAACAAAGAUCUAUCACCCAAACAUUGAUGAAAAAGGACAGGUUUGCCUGCCAGUAAUUAGUGCUGAGAACUGGAAGCCAGCAACAAAGACCGACCAAGUAAUCCAGUCCCUCAUAGCACUGGUGAACGACCCCCAGCCCGAGCACCCGCUCCGGGCUGACCUAGCUGAAGAAUACUCUAAGGACCGUAAAAAAUUCUGUAAGAAUGCUGAAGAGUUUACAAAGAAAUAUGGGGAAAAGCGACCUGUGGACUAAAAUCUGCCACAAAUGAUUCCAGCAAGUGUGAGCAGAGACCCCGAGCAGUGCAUUCAGACACCCCGCAAAGCAGGACUCUGUGGAAAAUUGACACGUGCCACCACCUGGCAUUCACUUGUGGCAGUUACUAACUUUCUACAGUUUUCUUAAUCAAAAGUGAUCUAGUAACCUGUAAAGAAAGGAUUAAAAAUUUCAGAUAUUCUAGUUCUGCUUUCUUUGUUUUAAAAAUCACUGCUUCAGUCCACUCCAAAAGCAUGGUGUUUCUUUUCUUGUCCAAAUUUGCCCAAAAUCUUCAAGUUACAUUUAGCCCAUAAGGUUAAAAAAAGAAAAAUAAGGGUUGUGGUUCCCAUUCUUUCUGUGCCCUUGCAACUCCCACUCUCCCUGCAUACAUUCAGUUUAUUUUUCACAGAUUCACUUUCUAACACCCAGAUCCCAUCUUUACCGCAAAGAAGAAAUGGCUCUGGCGGCUUUUCUUCUCCCGUGUCAUACUGCCCUGUAUGGGAGUUGGUUCAGUUCUCCUGAUGCCAGUCUAUAACGUCCUUUUAAAAAACUACCAAACAAGCAAACAACCCCCCCCCCCAAUAAAAGAAAAUGAAAAGAAAAAGCCUGCAAAAGGAGGUCCAGCUCUUCUGUAAAAAUCUGGCUCUUGUUUCCACAACAGUGUGGAAUAAGUGGGCAAGCCCCACUGUCUGUGUAUACCUGAUUGAACUGCAGCCUUAUCUGGGCUAUGUAGGAAACCCUCAGUGCUGGGUCUGGUGACUCUGGAGGGAGGGCUUGCCAGCUGAGGACACUGCGCUUGUGAGAUAAUGAUGAAUUUCUCACCAGAAAGUCUCCUGAGGCCAAGAUUCGGCACCCUUCCCUGCAGCCAUGUUAGAAGGUCCACUGGUCAGCGCAGCAGAGCAGAAGCCAGAAUAUCCAUUUCAAACUCCAAGCUCCUCCAUCCCCGAUCUCCAUCGGAAUGUGCCACUGAGCUCUGUGACUGCUCUCUGCAGCAGCCCCACCACAGCCCUCCCUUGGCACAGUUUGACCCUUUGUGGGAUUGGAAUUGGCUGGACUCUGCUUCAUAUCUGGUGUCAGUCUGGGGUUGCUGGAGCCCCUGUUGGCCCCUUCCUUUGGAGCAGGCGGCAGCCCAGGAACAACACAGCCUUCCUUUUCUCUUCGGACUCAGUCUUUGCAGAGUCAAGCUCCACGUGAAGCUCACUCAGUAAUACCUUUCAAUGUGUUUUAUAUUGUUUUGAUUGCCUUUUUUGUAGAAAUAAAAAUUGACCUUAGAAUUUAUCAUCAGAUGAACUUUGUAAGGAUUUGAAUGUUAAUGUCUUUCAAGGAAAAUGGGACUAUCUCUGAAACGGUAGAGAAUGCAUGGCACUCUGAUACCCUGAGGAAGCUGAUCAAACACCAUGUGUUACCAACCUCUGCCACUGGCGUCUUCCCCUUCCUGGCUGCUAGGGGGACUAGAUCCCAUGAAGAUGACUUCAAGAAACUGCUUUCUGUUUUUUCACUUUAGCUCUAUAACUUGAUCUUUCUAGGGCUUACAGACAUAUAAGGUAGCCCUGGGUUUUGCGUGUGCAGAAGUGCGAAGUGAUGGGUAGAGUAGGGGCAUAACACUGUUCAGUUGUCCAGGCGCAUGGCUCCUGCAGUGUGUAAGUGAACUCAGCUGCUUUAGUCCUGGGUACGCAAGGGGCACUCCAAAAGCCCAGGACCGCAAGAGCACAGGGCCAGCAUUUCCUCAUCUGUCUCUUCAUUAGCAGAAAGGUGAUAAUGGAUUUUAUUUCACUCACACUCAGAUUUGUAAUAAAAUGCCAAAUUCUGUCAGAAGCUGUCCAAACAAGCCACCAUUUGUUCUCAUUGGUUCUCUAAGUCCAGAAAUAAUUGUCAUUCUUGAAAACUGUCCCAUUGCUUCGUAUUUCUGCCAGCGUAGCUCUGCCUGCCUGUCACCCCCUCUCUGCUCUCUGCUCACCGUGGGAGGGUACCCUUAUGCUGGCAGCCCAACUCAGGGACUCAGCCCUGUCACUGGCACCCCAUGGUCUGCCCUGGCAGCAAACACCUGGCUCUCAAGUCAGUGGGUGUCCCUCCCUGCUGCCUGGGUGGCUUGCUCCUUUCAGCUGUGCCCCGGGCCAGUCUUUGAGCAAGCUGGCAGCCAGCUCUGCCUGCUCCCAAACCAAAAAGCUGAAUACUCUGGAGAAGGGGAGAGCUGUGAAGCAGCUACCCAUUGCUGACCCGCACUGGCUCAGGAAUUCACAUCACUUGGUUCCUUGAAGUGCCCGGGUCCUCUUCCUGCCCUUCCACAAUGGUGGAGAAUAAGCUAAGAUGCUGCGAUCCCAUUCUGCUGCCCUUAAUAAAAAUGCUCUCUGACAAUG